ACCUUCAUAUGCUAGCUCGGCUACACUCUCUUUUAAGACUUUCCAAUUAACAUCCUCAGGUACAUAGAAGAAGAUGAAUAGGCCGGGAGAUUGGAACUGCAGAUCGUGUAGCCACCUCAACUUCCAGAGGAGGGAUUCAUGCCAACGUUGUAGAGAGCCUAGACUGGUGGGUGGCAUGAUCAGUACCGACUUACUCAGCGGUUUUGGUAGCCGACCAGUCAGUAACUCCUUUGGUUUCAACACCGGGCCUGACGUGAGACCGGGUGAUUGGUACUGUAACCUUGGGAACUGUGGGACGCACAAUUUUGCCAACAGGUCUAGUUGUUUCAAGUGUGGUGCUGCCAAAGAUGAGUUUUCUAGCUCAAGUGCCGCUGCGACAACCGGGUUUAUAGACAUGAAUGUUGGUCCAAGACGUGGUGGUGGUGGCCUUUUUGGUUUUGGCAGCAGCAGUGGUGGUGGUGGCGGCGGCGGCACAGGCCGUUCUUCUUGGAAAUCUGGAGAUUGGAUUUGCCCAAGGUCAGGCUGCAACGAACAUAACUUCGCAAGCAGGUCAGAGUGUUUCAGGUGUAACGCACCAAAGGAACCUGCCACCGAACCACCGUAUUAGUCUCAUCAUGAUCAAAAAAGCAGUAAAGGAGAAGAACACUGAUGAAGAAUUGGAGCAAGAUACCGACCCUUUAUGUCGUGAUGAUUUGUCUUUUUUUUUUUUUGCUUUCUUUAGAUUUGACUCGCUCUUCUCACAUCUCGUAGCAACCUUUGUCUGGUUUUAUUUUAGAAUGUAAGCAAUUCGAAAUUUUUCGGAAGCGUUUUGUAUUAAUUUCGAUCGGUUUCCUAGCUAGAGCAACGUACGUUUGUUUUAAUAUCGACUCUUAGUUUUAUAUUAAACUUGUUGCAUUCUGAUUCA